AUGUCAAAAUUAUUUUUGGUCGUGCUUUUCAUAACGGCAAUUGUGCCUGCAAGCAAUGCAAAGCUACGCUUUCUUAUCGACGAAGUUAACCGGGAUCAUGCGCCCUAUGCGAAGCUGGCGCUCUACAUGACCGAACGCUACAUAACGCCAAAGGCAAGAACACUCAUUAUCAUGGAGAAUUGCGAACAUUGCAAGCCGGGAUUGUUAAAUAUGCAUACGCGCUUGCUGCGCUACUUUUUGAAGCAAUUCAAUCCGACUAUGUCACUGCAGCUAUUCUUCGGUUUGCCAGAGGAAAGGCUAUGGGACUACAAUCUUUUCAUCGUCGAUUCUAUGCACGCCUUCAAGAAUUUAAGUAUCCACAUACCAGUAACCCAUUACGAGUACCAAUUUCAUUUCUUCAUCAUCUUAACUUUACGAACGCGGUCCGAGCGAAAGGCGAUUGAGCAUAUGGAGCAAAUAUUCAUGGAAUGUCUGCGACUUCAUGUGGGCAAUGUGGUUCUAAUGUUUCAAUUUGACAACACUCAUACUUUUCACUUCUACACCUACACUCCAUUCGGGGUGGCCUACUGUCGCAAAAUAGUGGAUGUUGCUGAGUUCAAUAAUUACGCAAAUGGACGUUUGGCUGAGGAUCGACUCUUUCCACCUCAUUUUCACAAUUUUCACGGUUGUACUUUGAACGUUUGCCUGCGGUUGGGCUAUCCAUUUGUGGGACAUAGAGGUGAUGAUCAGCAGCUGCAAAUGCAAAACAUUCAUUUGUUGGAUGGUUUAGAAGCUGACAUAUUGAAAAUUCUGGCAAAAGCGAUGAACUUUCAUGUGAAUAUUUCCAUACCGAAAGAAGAUAGUGUCAUUGGAGAGUUCCAGAACUCGACGGGUUGCUUUGCAGAGCUCGCUUCGGAAAAGGCGGACAUCGCAUUGGGCUGUUUGAGUAGCUCGGACACUUUGCGCCAUGUUUUCAGUUACUCCAUCACCUAUCACCAAAGUCCGUUUGUAUUCAUUGUGCGGAGCGGCUUGCACUUCGGACCCAUUAAGCAAUUGGCACUCGGUUUCUGCAAAGAUGUUUGGCUAUGGAUUGGUAGCUGUUGUCUGGUCGGCAUGAUACUAAUCCGUUUAGUGGUCACUUUUGCAAGCCCUCGCAUCUGCGAGCAAAUUAUCGGACAUCCAAGACGUAGUGACUGCACCAAUUUGAUUGUCAUAAUGAUGGGAAAUCCCAUCAACUCACGUCCACAUCACAUAUGCCCCCGACUCCUGCUAAUGACCUGGCUGUUAGCUACGCUGGUCUUGCGCAAUGCCUAUCAGGCGAAGCUCUUUGAAACUUUACGCAUCUCUAGACGCAUUCCCGUUCCACGCAGUAUUGCCGGUCUCGCAGCUGAACAAUAUAAGCUAAUUUUUGAUUCGUAUGUGGAUUUCUACCCGCGAAAUAUGACGACAAUUCAGCAUAAUUUGACGAAUCGGUAUGGCAUUGUUCAAGAUAGCGAAACGCCACACAUCGCCACCGUUUCGAUGUUGGACACCUUGGCUUGGCACAAUCAACAAAAUUGGCAAACUAGUCGCUUGACGUAUGUCGAUGAACCGAUCUACAACAUACAGCUAUCGAUGUUCUUCAAGAAACAUUCGAUGUUGCGUAUGGUUUUCGACAAUUACAUCAAGCGGCUGAUGACGUCAGGGAUAACCUCGCACAUUGCCAGCAAGCAUGUGAAGAAACAUUUCCAAGUGAUGAACACGAGAUCUCAACGAUUGCCGGCCAUCAGCAGCAAUAUGCUUAAGGGACUCUAUAUGCUUUAUCUGAUGCUGAUGGGUUUGGGUUGUACGCUUUUUGGAUUGGAGCUACUUACAAGCAGAUGUCGGGGCAUCAAGCGAAUCAUAGACUGGUUUCACAACGUCGAAGGAAGCUGGGAUUAA